AAAUGCAAGCGUUCAUUUGAUGUUUGAUGGAGUAACAUUUUUUACAUCUUCUUUGAAAUUUAUUGUCAACCAGAAAAAAAUGAGUUUUUCAGUUGUAGGGACACCUACACCUAGAUAUGACCGACCUCCCAGUGGACGACCAGGCAGUGCCAGACCUUUGACCUCACGUAAUCCUAUAACUGGAGAAGAAAUUCCUUCAAGAGCACCAUCCAGGGCUACAGAAAAACAUGACAGACAAUCUGCCAAGCCACAGGGACAGACUCCGAGACAACCAAGUGCGAGAAGUGCAAGAACCAGCCGACCUGCAGGUAUGCCAGGACUUGCCUUAGGGUAUGAUGAAGGUGGAGCACAGUAUAGCUCCUCACAGAAACCAACAACGCCCAGACAAAAACAGCCAACAGCUUGGGAUGCCCCUCCUGUUCCCGACCCUGAUAAUUGUCCACCACCAUCAGAAAGGCAGAAGAAAAUGUAUCAAGAUUAUGAGGAGGAUAUGAAGCAAGCUUAUAAAAAUAAAAACAAGAAUGAUUAUACCGAGGAAGAAAUACAGAGGGUUAUAGAAGAAGUUAAAGAAAAACAUCCUAACCUUGAUGUUAAUAAAGAAGACAUUGUAGAGAAGAGUUGGACAAAGAGACAGACGCAGGCAACAAGCCAGUACCUGAAAAAAAUGGAGGCUGAGGAGUUAUUGGAACAUAACAAGAAACUAAAGAUGGUUGAGACAGUGAUGGCAGAUCAACUUUCUCGUGCCGUGAUUAGUGAUCCCUCUCAGAAUGUCAGAGCUCAGAUGUCUGCUGGUCGUAGACCAAGAGGAAGUAAUAGAUCUUUACAUGAUUCAAAAGUAAGCACAGCUUCUACAGCAACAGAAAAUUUACUAUCAAAGAGGGUGAGGUUUGGAGCAAGAGUUCUAACUAGGAAUGGUCAUGAUGCUACCAGAGAACUUACAGGGUUUUUCUUCAGUGUGGACAAUACAUUGACCAUAUAUGAAUUUAGACAGUUUGGGAAAAGUGCCAAAGCUUUGCCAUUUAUCAGUCGUGGUAGAUUCUGUCAUUUGAGAGGUCCAAGAGAAGGAGAACCUUACUCUCUUGUAGAUAUUUGUUCUGGCCACAAUAUUCAUAUACUAACAGCUGGCCAGCAUUCUCUGCCAGCGACAUUGAAGAAAGUUCCAGAGGUUGUAUUUAGGGUGACUGAUGUUGAUGAGGAGGAAAAAAGACAUUUACUGUUGGACGGUAUACCAUCUCAUGAACAAGAUGAUGUUUAUACUAGACUACAUAUUCCAAAUAAACAGGAGUACACUGAAAAAAUGGUGCUCAAAAGUAUACAAAAUAAUGUACAGAAGAAGGUGAGAAAACGUGCCAUUAGAACUAUAACAGGACUAGGUAGAUUCUACAGGAAGGCAGAUACUUCAGGUACAGGUAUACUGUACAGGUUUGAGCUGGAGAAAGGACUGUUUGAUUUUCACAUUGAUCUACCACCUGACACACUGGAUGCAUUGUUUGAGAUUCUGGAUAUAGAAGAAAAGGGAGAAUUGGAUUAUAGUAGAUACAUGUGGGCAGUCCUUGGAUGUAUGAUUGAAGCUAGGAAAUCUCUUGUUAGAAAGGCAUUCCAAAAGAUAGACUCUGGAAAGAAAGGAUAUCUUUCACUCAAUGAUAUACAGAAAUUCUUCAACUCUACAUUUAGACCUAGCAGAGAUCCCAGAGACACAGGGGAAGUUGGCCCUCUGCAGGCUUUUCUGGACGCAGUGUUACCAAACAAGAAGCAAGAGGAAGUGUCGUUUGUGGAGUUUGAGGAGUAUUACGAGGGUUUGAGUCUCAGUGUUGAUGAUGAUGAGGACUUUUACAGUAUACUCAGAAAUACAUGGAACAUAUAGAAAUACAUGGAACAUAUAGAAAUACAUGGAACAUAUAGAAACACAUGGAAUAUAUAGAAAUACAUGGAACAUAUAGAAAUACAUGGAACAUAUAGAAAUACAUGGAACAUAUAGAAAUACAUGGAACAUAUAGAAAUACAUGGAACAUAUAGAAAUAUAUGGAAUAUGGAUUAUGGAAACACAUGGAACAUAUUGAAAUACAUGGAACAUAUAGAAAUGCAUGGAACAUACAGAAAUACAUGAAACAUAGAAAUUAUUGAAUCCAUAGAUAUACUGAAAUAUAUGGAACAUAUUGAAUCACAUGGAACAUUUUAGAGUAUCUGGAGCAUAUAGAAACAUGGAAUCCAUAGAUAUAUAUGGAACAUUUAGAAACAUAUAUAGCAUUACAUGCAACAUAAAAAUGUGAAAUAUUUCAAAGAAUAUUUAGAAAUAAAUGUAUGAUAUAUGGAAAACAAAAUAUUCAGAAAUACAUGGAUCAUAUUUCAGUAACUUGGACAUAUUAUAUAUUUAGAAAUACUCUUAGUUUUAAGUUGUGUUAACAGAUAUAUUUAGAAAACACCUAGUCCAUUUUGCUGCUCAAUUUAAUGUAUCCGCCAUAUAUACAAUAGUUAGUAUUAAAGAAUUACAAUAUUAGAAGCCAGGACUGCCUAAUUUGAUUGAGGGUUUAAUUGAUGAGGAUGGCUUGAAUGCGACAGAAUUUAGAAAUUAAAUUAUCUGUAGAUAAAACCUUUGUAUAGGCAACUGUUUGUUCAGUAGCUAGAGUUUUAUAAUUAUAAUAUUAACUGGCAUUUGAGGUUUAUAACCUUCCAAGAUUCACAUAAAGUUCUGUCAGAGUUCUCAAUCAUAAUAUAAAAUUGUUGAUAGACAAGAUAAUUUUACUUUUGGUAGGGAAACUGUUGAAAUAAUUAAAGUUAUUAAAAAUUUAUGACAUUAUUUAGUACUUUAAUCAGAUAUGUCAUAUUGUAUUUAUUCUUUUGCUUACAUAGUUUUAAAACAAAGCAUUAUAGUAUAACCUCCACUAAGUUUCAAACUGUUUUGGUGUACAAAACCUAUCCAAUUGCACCAAUUUUUUUUUCAAAAUUUGUACGCUAAAAAUUAUAAUCUGUCAAGCUUUUACUGUACUCUUCUUGUUUAAACUGUUUUUAUAUAAUUAUACACUUGUUUCCAAGAACACUUAAUGUAUUAUGGGUUAUGUAACAUAAUUUCUUACAGUCUUAUCUUAAAGGGUAUGAAGCUGUAUCUUAUGAAAUAUCUUUAUAAGGUUUAUGAUUAUAAAAAACAUAUAUUGUUUCUAUAAUCUUAUAGUUGAUGACAUAGAAUGUCUCCAUUAUUUAACACACAUGAAUAUUGUACGUAAACGGAAUAAAAUGUUUUGGAAAAAAAUAUUAUGCUGCUAUUUUAAGUAGGACUUUUACAAUUUAUCAAUGAUUUUAUGCAGAAGCGACAUAAACUCUGAUAGAAAUAUACAGACAGAUUUCUUUCAUAUGGGUAUUAUUAAAUUCAAAACUUUAUUUAUAAUUUUUGCAGCAGAUGUGUAACUUUAUACACUUUAACCAGAUGCUCACUAUUUGAAAUUGCUUUAUAUUGAUGUUGUUUUCUUUUUAACUUUUUAUUAAAAUAAUAUUUUAUGAAAACAAAAACGUCCAAUAUUUACAUAUCAUUUAUUUGUUGUUGUAUAUAUAUUCUCAUUUUUAGCAGCUAUAUUGUUUUUAAUCAUCUGCUGUUGUUUUUAGCUCACCUGUCACAAAGUGACAGGGUGAGCUUUUGUGAUCACUUUUCGUCCGGCGUCCGUCCGUCCGGCCGUCCGUCCGUCCGUAAACUUUUACUUUAAAUGACAUCUCCUCAUAAACCACUAAGCCAAUUUCAUCCAAACUUCACAGGAAUGUUCCUUUGGUGGUAACCUUUAAAAAUUGUUCAAAGAAUCUAAUUCCAUGCAGAACUCUGGUUGCCAUGGCAACCGAUAGAAAAAACUUAAAAUAUCUUCUUUUAAAAAACCCAAAGGAGUAGAGCUUAGAUAUUUGGCAUGAAACAUCUUCUAGUGAGUGUCUAUCAAGUUUGUUCAAAUAAAAGCCCUGGGGUCAAAAUUGGCCCCGCCCCGGGGGUCAUUGUUUUUCCCUAUAUGCAUAUAGUAAAAACUUAAAAAAUCUUCUUUUAAAGAACCCAAAGAGCUAGAGCUAAGAUAUUUAGCAUGAAACAUGUUCUAAUGGGUGUCUACCAAAUUUGUUCAAAUAAGAGCCCUGGGGUCAAAAUUGGCCCCGCCCCGGGGGUCAUUGUUUUUCCCUAUAUGCAUAUAGUAAAAACUUAAAAAAUUUUCUUUUAAAGAACCCAAAGAGCUAGAGCUAAGAUAUUUAGCAUGAAACAUGUUCUAAUGGGUGUCUACCAAGUUUGUUCAAAUAAAAGCCCUGAGUUCAAAAUUGACCCGGUCCCAGGGGGUCAUUGAUUUUCCCUUUAUGCAUAUAGUAAAAACUUAUAAAAUCUUCUUUUAAAGAACCCAAAGAGCUAGAGCUAAGAUAUUUAGCAUGAAACAUCUUCUAAUGGAUGUCUACCAAGUUUGUUCAAAUAAAAGCCCUGGGGUCAAAAUUGACCCGGCCCCAGGGGGUCAUUGAUUUUCCCUAUAUGCAUAUAGUAAAAACUUAUAAAAUCUUCUUUUAAAGAACCCAAAGAGCUAGAGCUAAGAUAUUUAGCAUGAAACAUCUUCUAAUGAGUGUCUAUCAAGUUUGUUCAAAUAAAAGCCCUGGGGUCAAAAUUGGCCCCGCCCCAGGGGGUCAUUGAUUUUCCCUAUAUGCAUAUAGUAAAAACUUAUAAAAUCUUCUUUUAAAGAACCCAAAGAGCUAGAGCUAAGAUAUUUAGCAUGAAACAUGUUCUAAUGGGUGUCUACCAAAUUUGUUCAAAUAAGAGCCCUGGGGUCAAAAUUGGCCCUGCCCCGGGGGUCAUUGAUUUUAUUUAUGUGUAUAGCAAAAAAUUAAAAAAUCUUCUUUGAAAAAACCCAAAUAGCUAGAGUUAAGAUAUUAAGCAUGAAACAUCUUCCAGUUAGUGUCUUCAAAGUUUGUUCAAAUAAAAGCCCUAGGGUCAAAAUUGGCCCUGCCCCGGGGGACAUUGAUUUUCCUUAUAUGUGUAUAGCAAAAACUUAAAAAUCUU